AUGGUGUCCGACCAGGAGAUCGCCAGCUGCGUCGAGUCCGUCCUCCGCGGCUCCGCCGGCGGGCCCGGGGAGGCCUCGCUCGCCGCCGUGCUGCAGCAGGCGGAGGCCACGCUCGGCGUCGACCUCUCCCACAAGGCGGGCUUCAUCCGCGACCAGAUGGACCUCUUCUUCGGCCCGCGCCUCCAGCCGCAGCCGACGACCAAGCCCCAGCCGGCGCCUCCCCCGCCUCAGGCCGUCGUUACCCCCGCGGCCGCCGUGCCGCAGCCCCAGCCUCAGCAUCAGCAUCAGGUCCUGCCGGAGGUGCAGGGGCAGCCGCAGGCGCCGCCUCCGGACCAGCAGAUGCAGCCGCAGCAGCAGCAGCUCCCGCCGCUCCAGCAGCUCCCGCCGCUCCAGCAGCAGCUCAUCUUCCAGACCAUUCCCCAGCUCCCCGCCAUGGCCCCCGUUCCCGCGGUCUCCGCGCCGCCGGCCGUGCCGGCCAUGGCGUUCUACCCGCCGCCACCGCUCGCCUUCCGCUACACCACCGGCCUCGCUGGGGCUGCCACGGGUGGGACCGUCUCCUUCCAGCAGCCGGCCCCUGGGGCUGGUGGCACUGCUACCCCAACCGCUGCACCGCAGGUCACCGGCGACAACAAGGAAAGCGCUUCUAAGCGGAAAAGAGGUGGACCUGGUGGUUUAAAUAAAGUUUGUGCAAUUUCACCUGAACUUCAGACCAUUGUUGGUGAGACUGCCAUGUCAAGAACUCAGAUUGUGAAGCAGCUCUGGGCAUAUAUCAGGCUGAACAAUCUUCAAGAUCCUGAUGACAAAAGGAAGAUCAUUUGCAAUGACGAACUUCGUGUGGUUUUUGAAACUGACACCACCGACAUGUUUAAAAUGAAUAAAUUGUUGGCUAAGCACAUAACCCCACUUGACCCAAAAGAUCAAGUAAAAAGAAUGAAGGCUCCCACCGUGGCUCCUCAACCUGGGCCUCCCAUUAAUCAGCCCUCCAUAGUUAUUUCUGACGCACUAGCAAAGUUCAUUGGAACAGAUGGAACAUUUCCUCAAGAUGAUGCCCUGAAAUACCUGUGGGAUUACAUAAAAGCAAACCAACUUGAGGAUGUCAUCAAUGAAUCAAUAUUAUGUGAUUCAAAACUUCAAGAGCUAUUUGGCUGUGAGAGCAUUCCUAUAUCUAGGAUUGCAGUGUGGCAGAUAGGCCUAACAUUACAAUAUGGUGUUCUUGACAGAAUGGACAGCAUAGCGUAUGCAUUUCUUCAAUGUUAUGGAUUAUGA